UCAGGUGCUGUCUGCAUUCAUUCUGGUUCUGUUCAUCACCAUCAUCACCACCACCAUCAUCAUCCUCACCGUCAGCGGCAAUCAUGUCUUCUCGUUCUCUCCUGCUGGUUAUGCUGGUUCUCGUCUGCCUCCAGUCCUGCACAGAGGCUCAGAAUGGAAAUGGACCAAGUCUCUGCUGCUUCACGUACCAGUCUUCACCCAUUCCUUCAAAACAAGUCGAAGUGUAUAAAAAAACUCAGGCUGGAUGCACAAAACCUGGAACCAUUUUCUUUUUGAAGAAUAAAGAGCGUGUGUGUGCAGACCCGGCAGAAGAGUGGGUGCAGACCAUCAUGAAGAAAAAGGAAAAAAUCGAAUGAGGAAUUUAUUGAUCGAUUCCUGUAGUUACAUCGGAAGCUUUUACGUGACUAUUAUAUAUUUUCAAGUCACAAUACGGGCCGCGUGAAAAUGUUUCAAAGACAUAACCCAAUAAAUCAGCAUGUUCUGUG